CAGCAGCAGCGGCAGCCGGCAGCGGCAGCAUCAAGCAGAGUAUAGCUCGCGAUCCAGGAGGCCGUACAGAAUCGAUCGCAAUUCACACACGCACGUAAAGGAGAUCGAAGAUUCGAAGAGAGAUGGAGGGUUGUGCGUCUUCGCCGGAGAGCUACGUGAGGAUAGGGAGGAGGUGGCGGAGGCGGCGGCCGCCGGCGAGGGGGUUCCGGCUGUGCCCGAGGAACCGGUUCUCGGUGCGGCGGCUGCGGGCCAAGCUGCUCACGUUCCUCGGCCUCGUCGGCCGGUACGUGCGCCAGCUGCUGGCGGUGAGGCGGCCGCGGUCGUCGUCGUCGUCUUCGUCGUCGGCUGGAGGCGGCUGCUCACGGAGCAGCAGCACGAGGUUCCUCGUCGGCGGCGGGAAGCAUCACGUCGACGGCGGGCGGCGGACAGUGCCGCCGUCGUUCAUGCGGUCCAACUCGUUCUACGCGCAGGCGAUCGCCGACUGCCUCGAGUUCAUCAAGCGGAACUCAGUCCCGGUCGAGGACUACGCCAGCUCCAGCGGCAGGAGAUCAUCGGUAGACCUGACAACAAUCUGAUCAAAGUCUGGAAUGGCUGCAAUUUUUUUUGGAACAAAGAUACAGAUUAGUUAAAA